UACGUAGUGUACAUAAAUAAGAGAGUUAGUCUUCGUUUCUUAGCAAGUUUAAAUGGACGUAAUAAUGGCACCAGUUGUGGGAUAUUGGAACAUUCGAGGAUUCGCUUCACCUAUUCGUAAUUUGUUACAUUACAAAGAAGUCGAAUUCGAGGACAAAGUGUAUACAAUUGGACCGGCACCCGAAUACAAUAUUUCUGGUUGGACGUCAGUCAAGCCAACAUUAGGUCUCGAUUUUCCCAAUUUACCGUAUUAUAUUGAUGGUGACGUCAAAUUAAGUCAGAGCUUAACAAUUUUGCGCUAUUUGGGGAGAAAAUACAAUUUGGUUGGUGAAACGGAGGAUGAAACACUUAGAGUUGAAUUAGCUGAACAACAGGCAGUCGAUUUACGUCAUGGCUUGAUGAUUAUGCUGUAUUUCAAUCCAAACUUUGAGAAAGACAAGGAAGAGUAUUUGAAAAAACUACCGAGUCUAAUCGAACCAAUUGCCAAAUUUCUUGGUCCGAAUUCGUGGGUUGCUGGAGACAAAUUGACAUACGCCGAUUUUAUCUUAUAUGAUGCACUCGAUUUUAACCGAAUGUUCAGUCCGGAAACGUUCCAAAGUGCUGGUGCAGAAAUCGUAAACAAUUUUCUAACUCGAUUCGAGAACAUUCCUCAAAUUAAGGCUUACAUGACGAGUGGCAAAUACAAGAAAUUGCCAAUCGUCGCUCCAGUAGCUGAAUGGGGUGGUCAGAGUGAAUAAAUUUCUCGGAUUUUUUCGCGGAAACGUUUAUAAAACGCACUCAGGUCACAUUUGCCUUUGCAUUUACACGUUGGUUAGGUAUUGCAUAUGCUGUAACAGAGAUUUUUUAUGAAUAAAUUGUACAAUUUGUAUCGUU